AUGUAUAAAAAUUUAUAUUUUCAUCAUCAUACGAAAAUAAGAAAAGUCUCAUUAUUGAAACAUUUGUUUAAUGUACAAUUCUUUCGAUCCCAUCAUAAUAAUAGUUGUGGUAAUUAUGAUAAUUAUAGUCUUCCAUCAAUAUUAUCAUUCAAACUAGUAAUCAAUCAUGCGAGAAAUCAACCUUUCAAUAAACCAGCAAUUAUUGAUUUUAAAGCUGGAACUCAAAAUUCAUAUCAAAAUUUAAUAUCUGAUAUGAUAGAAUUUAAAACAAGAUUAUUAUCAAAAGAAUCUAAAAAAAAAGAUUUAAAUGAAGCGAGAAUAGCCUUUUUGUUUCCUAAUGGAUAUGAAUAUGUUGUAUCUCAAUGGUCUAUUUGGUCUGCUGGAGGGAUUGCAGUUCCAUUAUAUUCUCAAGCUUCUAAAAUAGUUGUUCAUCCAGAAUAUUAUGAUAAAAUAAAAGAUAUAGCAAAAGAUGCAAAAAUUGAUAAUGUAUUAGUUUAUGAAUCCAAAAAAAAGCAGAAAGAUGAUAAAAGUGAUUUUAAGAUUCCAUCACUGUUUCCAAUGGAUAUUAAUCGAAGGGCUUUGAUUAUUUAUACUAGCGGAACUACUGGAAAACCAAAAGGAGUUGUAUUAACUCAUGCAAAUAUUCAAGCUCAAAUAAAUUCUUUAAUUGAAGCAUGGAAAUAUAAUGAGACAGAUAAAAUUCUACAUGUAUUACCCUUGCAUCAUAUGCAUGGUAUUCUCAAUGCUUUGAAUUGCACAUUGUUUGCAGGAGGAACAGUGGAAAUGAUGAAAAAAUUUGAUGCAGAAUUAGUUUGGAAUAGAUUUAUGAGACCAGAAAGAGAUCUUACUCUUUUCAUGGCUGUUCCAACAAUUUAUUCAAAGUUAAUCCAGCAUUAUAAAAAUAAUAUUCUUCCUGAAAAACAAUCAUUAGCCACUGAAUCAUGUUCACAAUUUAGAUUAAUGGUAUCAGGAUCUGCUCCACUUCCUAAUUUUAUUAGAAAUCAAUGGAAAGAAAUUAGUGGUCAGGUAUUAUUAGAAAGAUAUGGAAUGAGUGAAAUUGGAAUGGGAUUAAGUCAUGAAUAUGAAAUUGAAAAAAGAUAUGAGGUAAGAUUAAUGUCUGAAGAUGGUAAAGAUAUUACAAAUACUUAUGAGCAACCGGAAGAAUUACAAAUCAAAGGACCAAAUGUAUUUAAAGAAUAUUGGAAUAAACCUGAAGAAACUAAAAAAGAAUUCACUGAAGAUGGAUGGUUCAAGACAGGUGAUAUAGCUAUGAAAACUGAAAAAGAGAAAGUUUUUAAAAUACUUGGAAGAUCGAGUGUGGAUAUUAUUAAAUCUGGAGCAUAUAAAUUAUCAGCAUUAGAAAUUGAAAAUUCUUUACAAGCACAUCCAAAUAUAUUGGAAAUUGUCAUAGUAGGAGUUGAAGAUCAAGUAUGGGGACAAAAAGUUGCUGCUUUGAUAAAACUUAAAGAUCCUAAAUUAAAUUUAGACUUGCAACAAUUAAGAGAAUAUGCUAAAACAAACUUAGCAUCAUACAAAAUUCCUUCUUUGUUAAAAGUUGUGGAUGAAAUACCAAGGAAUGCGAUGGGAAAAGUUAAUAAAAAAGAGUUGGUUAAAUAUUUUGAUUAA